AUGAAGACCGCCGUCCUUGCAUCCCUUAUCGCCGCCGCCAGUGCCUUCGCACCUGCCCAACAAGCAGCCACCAAGACCAGCUCCUUGAAUGCUUUCGAGAGCGAGCUUGGUGUUCAGCCACCACUUGGAUUCUUCGAUCCUUUCGGUAUGCUCUCCGGAGAUGCCACCGAAGAGCGAUUCGAACGUCUUCGUUACGUCGAAUUGAAGCACGGACGCAUCUGUAUGUUGGCCUUCUUGGGUCAAAUCACCACCCGUGCCGGAAUCCACCUUCCAGGAUCCAUCAACUACGCCGGAGACAGUUUCGACUCGUUCCCCAACGGAGUUGCCGCCAUCUUUGGACCAAACCACAUUCCUACCGCAGGAAUCGUUCAGAUGAUCGCCACUGUUGGUAUCUUGGAGUGCGCCUUUAUGCGUGAGGUCCCAGGAAUGGCCGAAUUCCCAGGUGACUUCCGUAACGGAUACAUUGACUUUGGAUGGGAUGACUUUGAUGAAGAGACCAAGCUUCAAAAGCGUGCCAUUGAAUUGAACAACGGACGUGCCGCUCAAUUCGGAAUCCUUGGACUUAUGGUUCACGAGCUCAUCAUCCCAUUGGGAUAUGAUGCCGAUCUUCCAAUCAUUGGACACCUCAAGUAA